CGGCGCGUGGGUUCGCUUGCUUGUGUGACACAAUUAUAACAACUUUAAGCUGGUGGCUGUGGGGAAUUUUAUGGUCAAAUAAUACUCUUUUCAAACUGCAAGAAUUGAACUUCAUGCAUUACAUUUGAUUAGUUGCAUAAACGGUGCCUAAAAAUGUGACGCGCAUACUUUUUGGAGGGGUACUUGUUUUCCUGAAAGGAUUUACCAUUUUGAAUUGCGUUUUGAUCGUGGAGAAAAGUUUAUUCUAUCUUAAUACAUUUUUAGUUUUUCUUCUUUGAUUUGGUGGAGUAUUUCGUUCGCCCUCUCGUCGCGAUUCCAUGCAAUCGUGCGGAGUCUCGCUCGCUGUUGCUGCCUGCGCUGCUGCUCGGAGUCUCGGCUCGGCUUCUGGUGGUGAUGAGGAAAAGAAAAUGGCGGCGGGAAAAGCCAGUGAAACCGAGGAGGACUUUCCGACGCUGACAGCCCAAGAGAGGGACAGCUUGGUCGGAAUUGACAGCUCACUGUUUGGAUUUCAGAGGCUUCAUGAAGAUGGCGCCAGAACGAAGGCCUUACUGUUGAAGGCGGUUCGUUCCUACGAUUCUCUCAUCUUGAAGGCUGAAGGAAAAGUGGAGCCAGAGUUAUUCUGCCAGCUAGGCCACUUCAACCUCCUCCUGGAGGAGUACGCUAAAGCAUUAUCAGCAUACCAGAGGUACUACAGCUUACAGUCCGACUACUGGAAGAAUGCUGCCUUCCUAUAUGGCCUGGGCAUGGUCUACUUCCAUUACAACGCCUUUCAGUGGGCGAUUAAAGCUUUCCAGGAGGUGCUCUACAUCGACCCCAGUUUUUCACGAGCCAAGGAGAUCCACCUGCGACUCGGCCUCAUGUUUAAGGUCAACACCGACUACGAGUCAAGCCUAAAGCAUUUCCAGCUGGCUUUGAUUGACUCCAACCCCUGCACUUUGUCCAAAGCUGAAAUUCAGUUCCACAUUGCCCAUUUGUAUGAGAUUCAGAAGAGAUACCGGGCUGCCAAGGAGGCGUACGAGACCCUUCUGCAGACGGAGAAUCUCCCAGCACAGGUGAAGGCCACUACCCUGCAGCAGCUAGGCUGGAUGCACCACACGGUGGAGCAGCUAGGAGACCGAGCCAACAAGGACAGCUAUGCCAUCCAGUGUCUGCAGAAAUCACUGGAAGCAGACCCCAACUCGGGACAGUCUUGGUACUUCCUGGGCAGGUGCUACUCCAGUAUUGGCAAGGUCCAGGAUGCGUUCAUCUCCUACAGGCAGUCCAUAGACAAAUCAGAAGCCAGUGCAGACACUUGGUGUUCAAUAGGUGUUCUGUACCAGCAACAGAAUCAGCCCAUGGAUGCUCUGCAGGCGUACAUCUGUGCAGUGCAGCUGGACCACGGCCACGCGGCUGCCUGGAUGGACCUGGGCACGCUCUACGAGUCCUGCAGCCAGCCGCAUGACGCCAUCAAGUGCUACAUCAACGCCAUGCGCAGCAAGGCCUGCUCCAACGCCACUGCGCUCACACAACGCAUCAAAUGCCUGCAGGCUCAGUUGAGUAACCCCCAGGUCACUAGUCUACAGAGUAAAAGUAAAAUGCUUCCUCUUAUUGAUGAGGCCUGGAGUCUACCAAUCCCAGCAGAGCUAACCUCCAGGCAGGGUGGCCUGAACACUGCACCGCAGGCGUGUAAGCCCCAGCACAGCUCGGAGGGAGGGGGAUCGGGCCAGACUCUGCCCCCACACGUGGGCCCUAUGGGCCAGGGGGAGGACCAGUCCAGCCCUGCCAAGAGGAGGAGGGCCUCCAGCCCAGCCAAGAGCCAGCCAGAUUCUUGGGCUAGUAACUUGGCACAGCAGCCAGUCCCCAACUGGUACCUGUCACCACAGAAACUGCAGCUCCUGGACCAGUUGAGGAGUAACCGGGCCAGUCUGAAGCCCCUACAGCUGCAGAUGCUGGAGCAGCUGGAGGCACAACUCAACCUAAUGCAGCAGCACCAGCAGCAGAUGAGACAGAAUGCAUCUGGACAGCUGCGUCCCUCCCUCCCCAACGGCCCCUCAGCUACCAACUCUCUUCCCCCUCCUCACUCAAGCCUGCCCCUCUCCCGGCCCCACCUGGCCCCUCAGGGUUCGUUGCGGCCUCCCUGCCCCCCUCGACCACUGGCCAACGGGCCUCUGGCAGGCGGGACACCACACGGACACUCUGACACACUUUCUGUGGGCAAUAAUAAUAAUAAUAAUGAUGACCCGGUGGCGGCCACAGGACCCAACGGAGACGUGCCUUACCUGCAGCCCGGCGCACUACUACCUCACACCUGCACAAGCACCCAAUCACAGGACACAGCGCGCCGGGCCCUGCACCUAAACUCCACUCAGGGGCUUCAGAAGGGUUCCGCUCCACAUUGGGCGGGUCCUAAUGGUGAUGGGUCUCUUUCCUCCUCUGGGGGGUCAACCCACCCCCUCUCGCAUCCACAGACGCCCCACAAUCAGGUUGGACAUUCCUCUGCCCCGUUGCCACGGCAACAGGCUCUCAACCACCUCCCGUCCCCCCCUUCUCCCUCUCACUCUGCUACCUCAGGUGGAGCACCCGGCACCCCUGCUACCAAAGAGAGCACGCCCCUCGGCAACGGCCCCGCAGCCACGGCAACAAAAGGGCCUGGGGAGACGACGACGGCCAAUAGCACUGCCGCGGCGGAACGCUUAUCCAAUCACGUACAGUCGGCGGCGGGAGACGGCGGGACAAGCAACCGGUCCCCUCACCACAGCUCAGACAAUCCUAAGGGGGGCGACCCCACCACCUCCGCCCCCCACAACAAGAUCAACAACAUCCACCCGGCCGUCUCCUCGACCGCUUCCUCCCCCAUCUCUGCAAUGUCCACCGCAACCCCCUCGCCCAAAUCCACCGAGCCCGGCCAGACGACGGGCCCGCACAGCCUCAACAGCCCCUCCACCACCACCGCAGCAUUAUCAUCAGCUGGCCCCGCCACUGUCGUCAAUGGCAAUGGCAAGGGGGGCAUCUCCGAGGACUCCCAGAGCCCGUUGAAGGCGGACCCCCCCGCAACGUGUCGCAGACCCACGCCACCCCAUGCCCGCACCCCCCCGUCAUCCUCUUCCUCCGUGUCCAUCUACCCCUCCUCCACUGACGUGCUCAAGGCCUGCAGAAACCUGGGGAAGAACGGUUUGUCUAGCAGCAGUAUACUGCUGGAUAAGUGUCCCCCUCCUCGCCUGCCCCCUCCUCCCUCCCCAGUCCUGCCCAAGGACAAACUCAACCCCCCCACACCAAGCAUCUAUCUGGAGAAUAAGAGGGAUGCCUUCUUCCCUCCGCUGCACCAGUUCUGCACAAACCCCUCCAACCCUGUCACUGUCAUCAGAGGGCUGGCCGGGGCGCUCAAACUGGACCUGGGUCUGUUCUCUACUAAGACCCUAGUGGAGGCUAACCCAGACCAUCUGGUUGAGUGUCGUACCCAGCUGUCUCAGCCCGCUGACGAGAACUGGGACCUGAGUGGUACCAAGAAGAUGUGGCGCUGCGAGAGCGGCCGAGGUCACACCACCAUCGCCAAAUAUGCCCAGUACCAGGCUGCCUCCUUCCAGGAGUCACUACGGGAGGAGAAUGAGAAGAAGGCAUUGAAGGAGCCCUCAGACGCUGAGCCAGCAUCAGCAGAGAGUGUGGCACGUAAAAGGAGGGGUCCCCUAAAGCACAUCAAAUUUGGGACCAACAUCGACGUGUCAGAUGAAAGAAAGUGGAAGCUACAGCUGCAGGAGCUGAGUAAGCUGCCUGCGUUCGCCAGGGUGGUGUCUGCUGGCAAUCUGCUCAGCCACGUAGGACACACCAUCCUGGGCAUGAACACUGUCCAGCUCUACAUGAAGGUCCCCGGCAGCAGGAUACCAGGUCAUCAGGAACACAAUAACUUCUGCUCUGUUAACAUCAACAUCGGCCCUGGGGACUGUGAGUGGUUUGCUGUGCCAGAACCCUACUGGGGAGUGAUGAGCAACUUCUGUGAAAAAAACAACAUCAACUUCCUGAUGGGUUCGUGGUGGCCCAACCUGGAGGACCUGUACGAGGCAGAUGUGCCUGUCUACCGGUUCAUCCAGCGGCCGGGGGACCUGGUGUGGCUCAACACGGGCACCGUCCACUGGGUCCAGGCCAUCGGCUGGUGCAACAACAUCGCCUGGAACGUAGGACCCCUCAGUGCCCACCAGUACAAGCUGGCCGUGGAGCGUUACGAGUGGAACAAGCUCCAGAGCGUCAAGUCCCAUGUACCCAUGGUGCACCUCUCCUGGAACAUGGCCCGCAACAUCAAGGUGUCCGACCACAAGCUCUUCCAGAUGAUCAAGUACUGCCUGCUGAGGACUCUGAAGCAGUGUCAGUCGGUGAAGGAGGCUCUAGCCGCAGCAGGGAAGGAGACUGUACUGCAGGGCAGGAACAGGGAUGAGCCUGCGCACUACUGCACCAUCUGUGAGGUGGAGGUGUUUAACCUGCUGUUUGUGCGGAGCGAGCUCCUCUCCAGGAAGCAGAAGCAGUACGUGGUUCACUGCCAGGACUGUGCCCGGAAAGGCAGCGCCGAGCUGGACAACUUUGUGGUUGUAGAGAAACACCGGAUGGAUGAUCUCAUGCAGGUCUACGACCAGUUCACACUAGCCCCUCUGCAUUCAUCUUCAUCUUGACAUUAGACAUCCCUUCAGCUUCUCUGGGGCGACCAAGCAUUACAGGAUCUUUAAUUUCAAAGGAAAAAUGGACCAUUUCUGAUAUUCAGGAAAGUCGAGACAGUCUCCCCGUAUGGCUGUUCUCCACAGCGACGGCUGGAGGCAGCAGCGGCUGCGUGUGUCUAUGCAACCUGUCAAGUGCGCCGUGUCAACCCCCCUCUUCCCCCUGGGGGGCGCCAGAGAGCGCACUUCCCAACACAGGACUCCCCCUUGUAACAAUGGUUCAGCUCUUUUUAAUGGAGGACUUAAUCCAAAAACAUAUGGGAAAGGGGUGGGAAUUAUUAUUGAGUGAAGAUGUUUUGUAGAUAUUGUAUCUGUCACAACUGGCAAGACCACCCUAAAAGACUACUGACUGGACAACCUGUUCUCUCUUUUUUUAUUCUGUUAACAGGCUGAGAUGUGAUCCCUUUGUUUUCCUUCCCUCUAAGGAGCACUAGCCUAACUGGUCUUUUUCUAUGGUAGAUAGUAAUUUUAAGACUCUUUGGAUGGCAAAAUCUACAAAAAAAUUGUAAUGUGAAGAGUUUAGGUGAUUGUCUUUUAAAACAUUUUUUUUACAGCUUUUAUGUUUUAUCUUUGUUAUUUUGGAGCUAUGACGUUCAGUUUUGGUUGUUUAUUAGAUAAAAAAAAAGAGGAAAAAUGUUGGGGAAAAUCAAUAGCCAAGUCACAAAGUAAAAUGGGUUGCACAUUGACCUAAAGGAGAAUUUAGCUUUUUUUAUAACCAAAUAUGUUUUUGAUGUAAAUGGCAUGUUUAUUGAAGGGUCCAGACAGUUUUUUGCCAUUUCACUUGGAUUUGAGAAACUUUACCGCCACCAGCGAUUGAAUUCCUUCAUCCUCGUUGUGCAGUAUGUGGGCUCUGAAACAUAAACAACAGCUCCAAAAACACCCCAAUAUGUCCUUUUUGAAAUGGAAACACUGUGUACAGAUGACGUCGUCAUUCUGAACUUUAUCCGCAAUGUUAUAUUCCAUUUUGUUGCGACUCAAGCGAUACUAUUCUACAGGUCACAGCCAAAACACUUGCGUAAAUGAGGGGUACAAAGUAUAUUGAAAGGAGAUGCUUCUACACAGGAAGUUCCAGAUGCUUGUUGAAUCUAUGCCAAGGUGCAUUGAAGCUGUUCUGGCUUGUUUUCCCAACACCCUAUUAAGAUGCUUUAUGUUGGUGUUUCCUUUAUUUUGGCAGUUACCUGUAGCAGCAGUCUACACGGAGAAUGAAACAGCUGGAUAUGGGAAACGUCUUGAGACGCACAAAAUGGAAUAUAGCACUGCGGAGUGACACAAUUUCAAAGACCUGCAUCACGUUUUUUUCAGGGCCCCCAAACUGCACAACGAGGAUGAGGAAAUGAUUCGCUGGUUGUGCUUAAGUUUCUCAAACAAGUGAAAUCGCAUAAAAAUGUGGACAACAAUAACAUGCCAUUUACAUCAAAAUACAGAUUUGGUUAUAAAAAAAGCUAACUUCUCCUUUUAAGGAAUAAAGUUUGAUUUGUGAUUUUUGUUAUGUUUCUAAUCUUGAUGUAAAUUUACACUAUUUAUAAAUACAUAUUUAUUGCUUGAAAAUAUUUGUUGAUGGAAUGCUGUUAUUUUUUUCCAGAGUACCUGCCAUUAAAUUUGAAGGAGUUUUGUCAUUUUAACACAACUCCUCGUACAUUUUCUAUAUAUAAAUAAAACUGCUUAGCAAGCGUUGUACAGAAACUGACAUUUAAAAUUGUUUUAUUGUUUUGAAGAAUGUUUUAUGAUGAGUCAUUAAACACAAUUGUCAAAUAA